CGCGCACAAAAAGGAAAAGGGAAAGAGAAUAUUCAGUUUAACCCCUCAAAAAAAUUUCCCUUUCCCUUUAACCCCUCCUCCGCCCCUCCCCUCCGCUUCACCCACCAAUGGCCGCAUCGGUCGGGAACCGGCGGUUCGGCCCGCUCGAGCCGGGGCUGCAGCUGAACCUCCGGCCCGACUCCCCGGUCCGGGGCUGCAGCUUCCCCGCCCUCCUCGACCCGCCCUCCUCGAAGCCGCGGCCGUCCGAGUCGCAGUCGGACUCGGACUCGGACUCGGACUCGGACGAGCCGGAGUGGAAGGCGCUGCUCCGCGCGCAGGCGCAGCACCUCCUCGAGGUGGAGCCCGCGGUCCACGACCCGCGCGACGAGGGCACCGCGGACGCGUGGGUCCCGCGCAACCCGACCCUCAUCCGGCUCACGGGGAAGCACCCCUUCAACUGCGAGCCCCCGCUCGCGCGGCUCAUGCACCACGGCUUCAUCACCCCGGCCCCGCUCCACUACGUCCGCAACCACGGCCCCGUCCCGCGCGCCGACUGGUCCACGUGGACCGUCGAGGUCACCGGAUUGGUCAAGCGGCCCCUCCGGCUCACCAUGGACCAGCUGGUCCACGACUUCCCCCCCGUCGAGCUCCCCGUCACCCUCGUCUGCGCCGGGAACCGGCGCAAGGAGCAGAACAUGGUGCGCCAAACCGUGGGCUUCAACUGGGGCCCCGGCGCCAUCUCCACGUCGGUGUGGCGCGGCGCGCGCCUCGUCGACGUCCUCCGCCGCUGCGGCAUCGUCGGCCGCAAGCACGGCGCGCUCAACGUCUGCUUCGAAGGCGCCGAGGACCUGCCGGGAGGCGGAGGGUCCAAGUACGGCACCAGCCUGCGCCGCGAGGUGGCCAUGGACCCGGCCAGGGACGUCAUGUUGGCCUACAUGCAGAACGGCGAGCUGCUCGCCCCCGACCACGGCUUCCCGGUGCGGGUCAUCAUCCCGGGCUUCAUCGGCGGCCGCAUGGUCAAAUGGCUCAAGCGCAUCGUCGUCUCCACCGAGCAGUCCGAGAGCUACUACCACUACAGGGACAACCGCGUCCUUCCGUCGCACGUCGACGCCGAGCUCGCCAACGAAGAAGUGUGGUGGUACAAGCCGGAGUACAUCAUCAACGAGCUGAACAUAAACUCGGUGAUCACGACGCCCGGACACGACGAGAUCCUGCCCAUCAAUGCGCUGACCACGCAGCGGCCCUACAUCAUGAGAGGCUAUGCUUAUUCCGGUGGAGGCAGGAAGGUGACGAGGGUGGAAGUCACGCUGGAUGGCGGCGAGUCGUGGCACGUCUGCUCCCUCGACCGCCCGGAGAAGCCGAACAAGUACGGCAAGUACUGGUGCUGGUGCUUCUGGUCCGUGGAAGUCGAGGUGUUAGACCUCCUCGGCGCGAAGGAGAUCGCCGUCCGCGCGUGGGACGAGUCCCUCAACACCCAGCCGGAGAAGCUCAUCUGGAACGUCAUGGGCAUGAUGAACAACUGCUGGUUCAAGGUGCGGGUGAACGUGUGCAAGCCGCACAGGGGCGAGAUCGGGCUAGUGUUCGAGCACCCGACGCAGCCGGGCAACCUCGCCGGCGGCUGGAUGGCGCGGCAGAAGCACAUGGAGUCCUCGGAGGGCGCCCAGCCGGCCCUCAAGAAGAGCACCUCCACCCCCUUCAUGAACACCGUCACGAAGCAGUUUUCCAUGUCCGAGGUGCGCCGCCACUCGACCCCCGACUCCGCGUGGAUCGUCGUCCACGACCACGUCUACGACUGCACCGCCUUCCUCAAGGACCACCCCGGCGGCGCCGACAGCAUCCUCAUCAACGCCGGCACCGACUGCACCGAGGAGUUCGACUCCAUCCACUCCGACAAGGCCAAGAAGCUGCUCGACACGUACCGCAUCGGCGAGCUCGUCACCACCGGCUACACCUCCGACGCCUCCGUCCACGGCGCCUCCAACUUCUCCCACCUCGCCACCAUCCGCGAGGCCACCGCAACGCGCGCCCCCGCGGUGGCUCUCUCCAACCCCCGCGAGAAGGUGCAGUGCACGCUCGUCUCGAAGACCGUCGUCUCGCACGACGUCCGCCUCUUCCGCUUCGCGCUUCCAUUUUCGGAUCAGUCAUUCGGAUUGCCAGUUGGUAAGCACAUUUUUCUUUCGGCCAACAUCGACGGCAAGCGGCAACUUCUUGAUCAACGGCAAGCGGCGGUUCGCGAGGCGGCUGGCGAUGAUCGCGGGGGGUUCGGGCAUCACGCCGGUCUACCAGGUGAUACAGGCGGUGCUGCGGGACCAGCCGGAGGACCGGACGGAGAUGCACCUGGUGUACGCGAACCGGACGGAGGACGACAUCCUGCUGCGAGACGAGCUCGACCGGUGGGCGCGGGAGCACCCGGACCGGCUCAAGGUGUGGUACGUCGUGGGCGAAGUGCUGCGGCCGGAGGCAGGGUGGCCGUACAGCGUGGGGUUCGUGACGGAGCAGGUGCUGCGGGAGCACGUGCCGCUGGGCGGCGACGACGAGACGCUCGCGCUCGUGUGCGGGCCGCCGCCGAUGAUCCAGUUCGCCGUGCGCCCCAACCUGGAGAAAAUGAAGUAUGACCUUGAAAACUCGUGCCUCAUUUUCUAAGUGGAAGCACGGAGAUCUCCGUGCACGUACAGGUCUGGUUCCUAAGAGCAAAAUUGCGUACAUGUAUUCUUGUGAAGUUGGUAUUUGCGUAUAAAUAUUAAUAUUUUUUUUUUGAUUAUAUCAACUAUGUAUACGUCGGAUACCAACUUUUCAUGAAUAUAUUUACACAAUUUGAUAUGCUUGUAAGGGAUUAUGUGCCAAAAAAAAAAAAGGAAAAAGAAAAAAAGGGAUGUAUAUAUGUCGUCGAUUUGUUGCUAUCCUAGCAUUCUUUGAUCAAUAAGGAGGGAGGUGACAUUGGGAUUAAUAUUAGGUGUGAGUUUACGGCUCGUCCAAGUGAUCAGAUCGAGCUGAUCAAUUCAGCCGUGCAUGUUUAGGUCUUCUCGUAGAGGCUCGAUGUAUAAAUUGAUCAACUGAACGGUCCACAGUUUGAGACCAUGAUUUUGGUCUCUUUGGUCGCUUGUAAUUUGUAUGAUCUAUUAGUAUAUGACUAUAUGUAAGCUAGUUGUUACUUUGUAUCUUU